UUUUCUCAUCUCCAUUCACUGAUUCAUUGAUUUCCUUGACCUCUGCAUUUCUAAAGUUAACUAAUUUGUUUACUUUUGAUUUUUUCCAAUCUAAUGGAGACUAACUCUCGAACCCUCGAACUCACGGUAUUGUCGGCGGAAGAUCUCCGAAUUAACAACAGAAAUCUGAAAAAGAAUGCCUUUGUCGUCGUCUCAAUCGAUCCCUUCAACCAUCGGAUGACCAAGACUGACGCCCAAGGCGGAGGAUAUCCUACUUGGAACGAGAAGUUCGUCAUGGACUUGCCGGCCAGGGAACGGUUCAUCACACUGGAAGUUAAAUGCAGGACUUCUUCCGGAGAUAGAAGGGUAGGUACGGCCAAGGUUCCGGCCGGUUUCCGAGUUUAUAGGAGCGUAUGUGCUGGAGAACUGCUUGCAGUUUUUAAGCUUCAGGUUCUGGGAUGCGACAGGGCAGUGGAAUGGGAUCAUAAAUUUCUCGGUCAGAGUAAAGGGACCGGAAAGAGAGUAUUUGCCGGCGACGCCUCCCGCAGCGACGUCGGGGAUGGGAAAAUUUCAAAUUGACGCGACGGAGAAUUUCGGUGGGGUUGUUACGCGAAUUCCUGUUUGGAGUGUAACUCGUUAAUAAUGCCCUCUCUUUGGCAUUGUGUAUAUCACAAUACCGUAUCGUACCGGCCGGUACGACUGGUAUGUACCGAUUUUGAAGGUUAACUGAAACGAAAUAAGUUGUAAUUCCGUUU